CUCUGCGGAGAGGAUGCAGCGUCCCGAGCCGGGCCCCGCGCAGGCCGGCGACGGCGGCGGCGGCGGCCCCGCGGAGGCGCCGGGGGACCCGGAGCCGGACGGGCCGCGCUGCGACCGCGAGAGGGCGCGCUGCUUGCGGGAGGCGGCGUCGGCGGCCCUGCCCGUGGGGAAGAAGGAAGUGGAGAACAUGAUCCAGAAGAACCAGUGUCUCUUCACCAACACCCAGUGUAAGGUCUGCUGCGCCUUGCUCAUCUCUGAGUCCCAGAAGCUGGCCCACUACCAGAGCAAGAAACAUGCGAACAAAGUGAAACGCUACCUCAUCAUCCACGGAUUGGAGACCUUAAAGGGGGAUGCGAAGAAGCUGGAUUCCGACCAGGGCCCCGGAGGCAGAGACCAGAGCCAGUGCUGCCCGCUGUGCAGUGCCACCUUCUCCUCACCUGCUGUGGCCCGCUCACACUACCUGGGGAAGACCCACGCCAAGAACUUGAAGCUGAAGCAACCGCCCGCCAAGGGGGAAGCUCUGUCAAAACGUCUGGCCGUCCCUUCCCUCGGGGCCUCCCACUCCCAAGAGGCCCCAGCCCCCGACCAGUUCUGCAGCGUCUGCCAUGCGGCCUUCAAUGACCCGGCCAUGGCGCAGCAGCAUUACCAGGGCAAGAAACACCGGAAGCAGGAGACCAAGCUCAGGCUCAUGGCCCACUAUGGGCGGCUGGCCGGGCCCAUUUCCACCGGCUCCUUGGCCGGGAAGGGUUAUCCCUGCAAGACCUGCAAGAUUGUGCUCAACUCCAUCGAGCAGUACCAGGCUCACAUCAGCGGCUUCAAACACAAGAACCAGUCCCCCAAGACCGCGACUGUGCCCCCAAGCCAGAGCCCCACGCAGGAGCAACCCCUGGAGAAAGACUUGGCCACUUUGGAAGACCAGAGGCUCGGCCCGGCCCCGCAGGUGGGCGGCGAAGAGAGCCAGGUUGCUGAGACAGGGGGCCACCUCAGUGCCCCUGCUCCCUUUCAGCCUGGAGCGCCAGGCUGGGCCGAGGCCUCCGACAGAUCUUGCACCCCCACCCCCUGGUCUCUGCGGGGCAAGGGUGCUGGCAAGGGGAGCAGGGGUGCUGGUGUGACCCAGGACCUGGCGGGGCCACCCAGGAGCACACCCUGGAGCCCACAGGCCGCGUCCGCCCCGUCCAGCCAGGACCCUGUCGCGGCCCCUGCAGAGCUGAGCCCGCCCAGUGCCCUAGGAAUCACCGGCCAAGCCUGGGGUGCCCACGCCGAGCCGGGGGCAUCCACGCCGAGCCCGGGCAGGACAGGACAAGUGGCAGCGGCCGCCAAGUGAUCUCGUGGAGCUCCUAGCACCACCCCCAUCCCACCCCGCACCCCUCACUCCAAAAAAAAAAAAAAAUAGCUUU